AUGUUGAGGACGCGUUUACCGCAAACCUGUCGUUCCGUUGUAUCGACGUCGCAGUGCACGUACAACCUUCACACCGCCGCCGUCUUGCGGGCACAGGCUUCACGUCGGUCUGGAGGAUCUACUCGUAAGGUCAACCUCGCUAACAAGGAAGGGCGACGAAAAGACGCCCUCGCGAAUCGCCCCAGCUUUAUCUUGGGCACCCGUCCGAGUGACGAAGCGGAAAAAUGGCGGAACAGCAACCUCGCCGGCAUUCUCGUUGACGAAGUAGUGCUGUCACCCAAAUCGGAGCUGCCAACGACCACCGAGAUGGAACUGCGGAUUGGCAAAGUUAGCCUGCCAAAUCAGAUUGGUUUUGGCCUUGGGGACUCUGAAAAGAAGAUGCUAUUCAAUGACCUGCCCGUCUUGUCAGCUCAAGCAAUGACAUUAGCAACCGUGUCCCGACCCUACGAUGUAGCCAACGACGCUGCAGCAUCGCACCAAUUUUGGGAAGAAACCGAGCUGCGGAAGGCUAAUAUGUUUGCGAAGGUCCUUGAUCUACGAAAUGCCAACGCAGCUGGCAUUGCGUUCGAGAACCGAAGACGGAUUAUUGUUGCCUUCUCGACACCCGAAAACCCAUUCAGCCCUGGACGAGCUGAAGUGCAAGCUGCCCUUAAGACCUACAAGAUACGGAAGCUUUGGUCACAUCUUCAGAAAUUCAAACGGGAUUCAGGGAACCGUCUUGGCCUUCGAAAACUGAUCCAUGAACGCGCGAAAAUCCUUCGUUAUCUCAGGUCAGUGGACAGAGAUCGUUACGAAACCGUUCUGGAGCGGCUUGCCUUGGAGCCGGAGAGUGUAGAGGGAGAGUUGGUGGUAUAAGGCUCAGCGCUACAAACAUCUCAGUAUUCGAUAAAGCCAAAAACGAGAAAAACAUAUAAUAACACAUUUUGGCAAGACAAUACACGAUAUUGGUU